ACACAUCCCGUGGCUGAUCACAGUCCCUAGCAAUGUGGUCCUCGGAUCUUUUUGCAUUAGCUCGACUCGAACAUGGUGCCACGAGACCAACUUACCCGCAGUUACGGCAGGUUCUAGGAGCACCGCCCUCUGGACAGUCCUUUGCAAAAUGACCGACUGAAUAUAUUAGCAUGUUCAUCCAUCAACCGGUUUGGGCAUGUUGUACCUCCAUUGCAGCGGCGACAUUCGACUCCUUCAGCAGAGCGGGGAUUGGGGCAAUCGGAAACCUUGUGUUCAGGGGAGCUUGGUCAUGCUUAGCAUCAAUGUAACCGAUCGAGAGGAUGGAACUUACCCGCAGUUCCGGCAAGCGAAAGGAUCGCGACGAGGCUCAGGGCAAUCGCGAGCACGGUGUCCCUCGGCGCUACAGUUGACACAUUUCACUCCCACCUUUUCAAAGUCAGGAGGGGUAAACUCUUGUUUACAGCCGCGAGUAGUAUGUCCCAUUUCUAGAGUUUGUCAGUGCUUUGUACAUCUCUUGAGGGCGCCUACUUACCGCCACAGUUACGGCACUUGGGAACCUGUCGGUCAAAUGGAAAUCCUGCAUCUUCAAGGCGUUCAAGAUUUUCUUCAACAGAAGCAGGCCAACGUUCGCGAAGGUGUGCGCGCUGAGGCUUUGCGCUGUAGAAGAACCCGACAACAUAUGUGCAGUUCAACUUGCCCUGCAGAUCGAUGAGGCUGAUGCAGUCGUCGACUUGUCUCUCCUGUACACAACCAUUAGCUGCGUCUGGAGGAGCAACAAAGAUAAAUACCAUAGCAAUAAGAUGAAAGUUAAGGUCAUCUUCUCUCAGUUUGUUUUCGAUGUCAACGAAAGUGGCUUGGGGAACAGCCUUCGAG